CCCUAAAAGCCUGUUCCCCAUUUUCAUCAUCAACAAAAAAAAUGGCUUCUCUUUGUUACUCUCUUCCCCUAACCCUAAAAUCCUUCCACCCUAAACCCUCUCCCAAUCUCUCCUUCCUCAACCACCCCAAACCCAAGCUCCGCCUCCCAAAGCCACCGACCGGAGUCACCCGCAUGUCGCUGAACCCGACUCCGGCCACCGACCGGCUAAUCUCCGUCGCGGCCUACAGUCUCCCGUUCUUCAACUCCCUCCAAUACGGCCGCUAUCUGUUCAUCCAAUACCCCCAAUUAGGCACCCUUUUCGAACCCGUUUUGCCCUUCCUCAGCCUCUACAGAUCCGUGCCGUACGCCAGCUUCGUGGCGUUCUUCGCGCUGUACCUGGGCGUUGUUCGGAACCAGAGCUUCAGUCAUUACGCGAGGUUCAAUUCGAUGCAGGCGGUGACGCUGGACGUGCUGCUGGUGGUGCCGCUGUUGUUGACCCGGAUUCUGAAUCCGGGUCGGGCUGGGUUGGGGUUCAAGUUGAUGGUCUGGGGACAUACGGGGAUCUUUGUGUUUAGCUGUUUGUGUUUUGUUUAUGGGGUGGUUUCGUGUGUUUUGGGUCGGACUCCGUAUUUGCCGUUCGUCGCCGAUGCUGCCGGUAGGCAAGUUUAGGCCGGCGGUCGUACUUGUAUACUCUAUUUGGAAAUAAUUUUGUUUUCCCGAAAUGUUGUUUUA